GGACACUGAUCAGAAUUUUGUACGCGGGGCAUGGCAUCUCAACGGCCUUGGAAGUGUGCUGAUGUCCAAUUUUUUUUUUUUUUUUUGCUUUCGGUUGCUCUUUUUCAUUUCCGGCAAUGAGGCUCAAAUCAGUAUUUUUUGCAUUGUUGAUGGGCGAUUCUUGCAUAUAACUUUUGGGCAAUCAAAAACGUGUACGGACUCAUGUUUGUGGCGGUCAAUAGCUAUUCGUUCGUUUUCAUCCAUGUCGCUUGAGUCAAGCACUCCAUGGGUCUCAGCAAAAGAGCCUCGGUGCUCAUUAGCUUUUGGAAGGCUGAGAUAGAUGAGAUGUCGGAAUGACC